ACCCAAAUAUCCGUUGGCAGCAAAAGUCAGACACUUUUUUCCUUGUAUACUUGUCUCUCUGCUUCGUGUAGAAACUCAACACCUACCCCCCACUUCGGAGACAAAGGGAGUUUGAGGAGCGUAAAGAAGAGAAGACCCACACUUUGAUUUUCUAAUUGCUGGUUGGGUUAACGAAGUGAAAGAAAAUGGUAGCAAGAACCCCACCAAAGUUGCUGAACAAGAAAAUGGUGGUGCCUCCUCUAAACCCCAUUCUUCUUAGAGAAACACUAAACAAGGUGGAUAAAUGUAUGGCUCGAUUGCAAGAACUUCAAUACACAGUUACAGGUGGUCAUAAGGUGAUUUCUGGUGUAACUCUCAGUCCCCGCAGCACGAGAGGUUAUCUGAGAACUAGCCUCAGAUGCAAACAAGAAUCUUUGACGAUCAAGAAUGCUACUUCGCGUAAAUCUCCUCCAGGAAAAUUGCCAACAAAUGCAGGGGAAUGGCGGCGAAUGUCAUUACCAGCAAUGCUUCUAGGAGAAACAGUGGCUGAAAUUAAACAGGCAAGUCAAUUUGCUAGAGAUAUAGUGAAGGCAGUAGGUCCCAAGGGGUCCGAUGACCCGAAAACUCCACUCACACAGAGGCAAAACCAGAAGCCAAGCCCCGAAAACUCUGAGCUCCGAUCACGUAGAAAGAGAGAGAAACAGGUAACCUUGCAAACAAUGAGGACAGAGUCUGAUACACCAUCAAAACGACGAGCAAAAUCACGAAUAAACUUCAAGGUUUCUCCAGUGCAGCAGAGGGAAUGUGAGAAAGAAAAUUGCAAGUACAUUGCUAAUAGAGUUUCCCCAAGGAAUAGGCCAUGGGUGAAAAAGACUGUCCUUUUUCCGAACCCACUGUUCCAUUCAUCACCAACUUCACAGCAGCAGAAAUUGUCUAAAACGCAAUCUCCCAUGAUUGCUAGAAAUCGACAAUCACCCCAUAAGUUCUUGGUGAAGUCCCCACCCAAGGCCCCAAAGCUUCAAAUGAAAAUCAGAAGCCCCCAAAAACUUCAUGCAUCUCCUACCAAAGUGACAAGUUUGGGUACUAAGUUCUUGACAAAGUCUCCACCCAAAGCCUCAAAGUUUCAAGUGAAAAUCAGGAGCCCCCCACAACUUUCUGUGUCUCCUACCAGGGUAACAAGUUUGGGCACUAAGUUUGUGGGGAAGUCUCCGCCUAAGUUUCAAGUGAAGAUCAGGAGCCCUCCACAAAUUUCCGUCUCUCCCACUAGAGCAACAAGUUUGAGCAAGAGGUCUCCAAAGAUGUCUGCAGCUGCCAAACUGAGAAGGUCAUUUUCUCCAUCAAGAUUGGCAAACAAGAUAGCUUCUUCGCCAUCCAAAAUGAGGUCAUUUUCGCCAUCAAGAUUGGCAAACAAGAUAGCUUCUUCACCCUCCAAAAUGAGGUCAUUUUCACCAUCAAGAUUGGUAAGUAGGCUAGCUUCACCAUUAAAGAGCAAAAAAUCUGUACAGAAGAUUGAUGGGAUGAAGAUGAUGAUGAGUGGACUCAAACAGCGACCACGAGCUUCAACCACAUCAAAGCAAUUCUCAGUUCAAGGAAUGUGAAUUGUGAUCAUUCAUUGUUUGUGCUUGAGAUUGAAGGAUUCUUCAUUCUUUGAAGAUAUUUUCUCGAUGUCCUUCUUAGUUGGUACAACAGGAGAAUUUUCCCCUUUACGGCUUCUAUUACUUUCAAGAUUGUAUAAUUUGAUUUGUAAAAUUGUGAGGUACUUCCUCAAUAAGGUAAAUAACAAUGGUUUUCCUAUAGAUGAA